CAUCUUCAUCCUAAAACACUCUCUGGAUUUCAAUGUCUACCAAGAUCCAUUUCCGGCAGUUUUUAUUUUAUUUUUUCGUCGUGUUUUCGUCUUCUUUCUUAUCGAUUUCUUCUUCUCAACUCUCCCCUCAAAACAUUCAAGUUUUUUACCCAUUUCACCUUCCACCACCACAACGGCCACCACCGACACCUUCAACCGACACCACUACACCCCCUCCUACCCCUAAUCCUGUGACUACAACAAGCCCACCAUCAAAUUCAUCAAAUAAAAAGGUUGCAACAGCGGUUGGUGCAACGGCUGCAAGUACUUUGGUUUUAUCAGGAUUAAUAUUCUUUGUGCUUGUUAGGUAUAAACGACACGUUAAAGAGAAAGAAAAUCCAUAUGCACCAGAUGGAAACGAAGCUGGAAACACGCGUAAUCCGCUUGUGGUGUUGAAUAAUAAUCAGUUUACUAGACUUGAAGGGAUCAAAGGGGUGAUUGUUGAUGAACAAGGAUUGGAUGUUCUUUAUUGGAAGAAUCUUGAUAAUGAUGACAAUGGGAAUAAAAAACAAAGUUUUAAGAAAAAACAUCCGAAUUUCGACCAGAAAGAAGGGCGAAAAUCGAAGAAAUUUGAUGUUCAAAUUCAAGAAGUUCCUUUGCUUAGAGGAGAGUCUUCAAAUUCUCAUGUAUGGCCAUCAGGAGAAGAUGUUAAAAGUCAAAAUGAGUCUCAUUUGGUUGUGAAUCAACAAAGUUUGAUGAAAAGUCAACGGUCAUCAAGAUCGCCGCCACCAGCACCACCAUCCCCACCGCCGUUGCCACCGCCGCCACCACCUCCACAGGUUGUGGUAGAGAGGAAGAGUUUUCUGCCGCCGCCGCCACCACCGGUACAGCCUAAAACUGGUGGUUUGACUUUGUCAUCAAAACCACAAUCACCACCCAAGGUCCAACUUAAGCCAUUGCAUUGGGACAAAGUCAACGCUAAUGUGGGCCAUCCCACAGCAUGGGACAAAAUGGAUAAUGGUUCUUUCAGGUUUGAUGGUGAUCUCAUGGAAGCAAUGUUCGGGACCGUAGCCACGAACAAAAAAUCACCACUCGCCUCACCAACUGCGAAAACGCAACAGAAAUCAGGUCCACCAUCUAAAAUCUUCAUCCUUGACAUGCGUAAAUCGCAAAAUAUCGCGAUAAUCCUUCGGUCAUUAGUCGUAUCCAGACAAGAAAUCACUGACUGCCUUCUUGAAGGCAAAGGUUUAGACAUAGACACCCUCGAAAAGCUCACGAAAAUCCGCCCAACAAACGAAGAACAACAACUCAUCCUCAACUAUGAUCAAGACAUCACAAGGCUUGCAGACGCCGAAUCAUUUCUUUACCACAUUCUUCUAGCCGUCCCCUCGGCUUUUACAAGGUUUAAUGCAAUGUUUUUUACAUUAAGUUACACUUCAGAAGUUAAUGAACUCAAGAAGACUUUACAAACACUUGAAAUGGCCUGCAAAGAGCUUAGAACUCGCGGGCUCUUUGUUAAGCUACUAGAAGCGGUUUUAAAAGCAGGAAACCGAAUGAAUGUUGGGACUUCAAGAGGAAAUGCGCAAGCGUUUAAUAUGAAUUCGCUUUUGAAGCUGUCCGAUGUUAAAAGCAGCGACAGGAAGACAACUCUGCUGCAUUUUGUAGUUGAAGAAGUUGUUCGGUUGGAGGGGAAAAAAUGCAUGAUCAAUCGAAAUCCCAGCUUUAGAAACAAUACGAUUAGCUUAACACGCGAUACAUCGGCUAAUAAAGAUUACAUAAGGCUUGGAUUGCCUACUGUAGGAGGAGUAAGUUCCGAGUUUACUAAUGUUAAAAAGGCUGCUGAAUAUGACUAUGAUGCCCUUUUGAAAUCGUGUUCGGGGUUAAGUGUUCGCUUGGGUGAGAUUGCGAAAACUGUGGAGGAAUGUGGUGGUGAUGGGGACGGACGAGGUUUCGUGAAGGAGAUAGAGAAGUUUGUUGAAAAGGCGGAACGGGAAAUUCAAGUGUUGAGGGAAGAUCAAGAGCGGGUUAUCGCGCUAGUGAAGAAAACGAAUGAGUAUUAUCAUGCCGGGGCGUCGAAAGAUAAAGGGAUGAAGCAGUUUCAACUGUUUGUGAUAGUGAAGGGUUUUCUUGAAAUGGUUGAUAAGGCUUGUGUUGAUAUUGCUGUGAAGCUGCAGAAGAGGGGAAAUGUGAGUGGUGAGGACGCGGUAAAUGUGGUGGCGAAUAGACCGACGAUGAAGUUUCCGGUGUUACCACCGGAUUUCAUGAGUAACAGCAGUUGUAGUGAUUCAGAUGAUAAUGACAACGACGAUGAAGAUUUGUGAUUAAGCAAGGAAGAGGUACAGAAACAUUAGCACUUGAAAUGAGGAGAUCAAGUGUAUUGAUAAUUUGAUAUAAAGUUCAUUUUUUAGUUUUUUACAAGCACUGUAUGUAAUUUUGGUUUUGAUUGUACAAAUAGUAAAACAUAGAGUAUAAAAAUGAUAACAGGUUUAAAUUAUAUGAAA